AAAAUGUAACCAACUUAUUUCCUAAAUUGUCUAACUAUUCCUUCAACAAUAAUAAUUAGAGGAGGGUGGUUUGGGAUUAUGACUAUUAACCGAGCAAACUGGUGUGAGUGUUUCAGCUAGAAGGUACGUAAAUUGGUCAAAUUAAUGUGUGAAAUACACCCCGAGACUGUCUGUGUAGCUGUAUCACUGAGAUGUUUACUGGUACUGUAGUACUGGUAGAGACAGUGACUGUUGACUUGGGGAAAGUGUCUGUAAAGAUACUUCCCACACUUUUUGGCAGCAUGUACGGCGUUUACAUUUUCACAUAUCUCGUCUUUACUCUGGGCUUCGGGGUCAAGGAGUGUGGAAAUUUAGUUUACUGUAUCAUUUCCCAUGAUGCCUCUCUCUUAGAGAGCAGCAUGCGAGGUGAAAUCCCACACCAGUUGCUACUUAUAGCUCUGAAAGGGAUACCCACAGAGCCCUGUGAAACGCCUGUCUGCACAGCGGUGUAGAGUAGCGUUGUAGCUCUGAAACCUCACCCACUUAGCUCGCCCACAAGUACACAGACACGACAUUACAAAUACACGGACAAAAGCAAAACACUCGGCCGGACAUAUUUACUGUACAGAGGCACACUCAAAAUUGUUCUGGAGAAUCUCCUAGAAGCAUCCUCUGUUAUGUUUAAAUGAAGAUGUCCGUUUGCAAUUUUUAAAUGCCACCGAGUCAAAAAGCCUCAUCCGUGAUCAGAUGAACAGAGCGAUGUUGGCGUGUUUACAUGUGGGAUUGUUUAGCUGAGAGUUCAUAACUUCCUGGCACUGAGGAUGAUGAGGAAAUGGAGAUAACAGCUGAAAGUCCAAAGUUAAUUUGUUGCUUUGGUUCAAGACUUCCUCAUAAACCAGCCCCACCAGGGCUUUAUCACAACUGCUGUGUUUAUUACAGCUACUUUUGGCAACACAUUGCUCCUUUAUGGCUCUAAUUUGACACAGCUGAAGGGAUUAGUUCACUGACUCGAACAUUAAUGAGUUCGCCAGAGUGAUAAGCUGUGAUAUGUGCUGUGUGAAUGAUUUUGAGUUUUGUUAUUUUACUGAAGUACAGAUCAAUGUGCAAUGAGCAUUUGACAUGAACUCUUGGAGCUGUGUGGAAAGUCGGGAUGCUUUUGUGGACUUCUGUUCUCUCACAACCACUUGUGGAUUUGUCUGUUUUCAGUCAGUAAAUAAGGAAUUCAGUGAAUUUCUACUUCGUAUUAAUGCUGCUGUUGGUCCUUUGAUUUUAUGUGUGGUGUUGAUCUUUUCCACUUCCUGUAAAUACCAAGAGAAGGCGACAGGGCAAAUUCCAGCCCUUCAGACGACUCUUUGGGAAGAAGAAGAAGAAAAGGGAGACGAAAGGGGGCUUUAAUGGAGCAGAGUUAAAAGCGAGUUUUUCCACCGGGGAAGUCUGCAAUGGAGUCAUAUCUGAAGACGAGGAGUCUAAUCAAAAUCUGAGGGAGUUGAAUCCCGUCGGAUCUCGAGCUCUCUCACACGACAGCAUCUUUAUCCCAGAGGAGCCGGUGGACGAGCCCGGUCUAGAUCACAGCAUGUCCCAGGAAAACGUGUCGGACAAAGUUAGGAACCUGCAGCGGCAGAUAGCACAAGGUAUAAAGUUUGGCCAGAGGCCGCCUUCUCUGAGGAGGAGUGAAGGAGAUGAGGGCAGUUCAGACGAAGAAGAGGUUCCCCGGAGCCCUCUGAAGGUUUUGGCCCAGGUAGAAGCCGAGCCACUGAAAGCAGAGCCACAGGACCAGGGAGCCCAGCCCUCCGGACCACACAGCCCCCCAGCGAAGUCCCAGAGAUCCAAGCGAGUUCUUUCACCCACCGGUACGAUCGAGUCCGUCAACCUGGAUGCGGUCCCGCAGUCGGUCCCGCGUCUGGACAACGCGGCUGCCAAACAUAAACUCGCUGUCAAACCCAAAAACCAGAGGGUGUCCCGCAAGCACCGACGGUUCACACAGGAACUCCAAGCGUUUACUAUUCCUGAUGUGGUGCAAGAGGACCUGGAGGCAGCAGGCGACUGGACAGAUGAUCAGCGCCGGGCAUCUGAUGAAGAUGAAAGCUUCAAGAAACAGAGACUGCAUGAGGAAGAGAAACUGGAGACGAAGAAGAAGAGAGAGCUGGAGGUGGAGGAGUCGAUGAAGAAAGCAGAGGAGCAGACACUCCGUGAACUAGAAGAGGAGGGGUGUCGCAAGCAACAACAGGAAGAGGAAGAGAAGAGGAGGAGGGAAGAGGAGGACAGGAGGAUCAGGGAAGAGAAAGAAAGAAGGCAGAGAGAGGAGGAAGAGUCGAUGAGGAUGGUGGAAGAGGAAAAAAGGAUGCGAGAAGACGCCGAGCGCCGACAGCGGGAAGAGGAGGGGGAGAGUCAGCGACUGGAGGAGCAGAGGAGGAAAGAGGAAGAGGAAAGGGAGAGGCAAGAGGAGGAGGAAAGGAUGAAGCAAGAGGAAAAUGAGAGGUUGAAGCAAGAGGAAAGUAAGAGACAAGAGGAGGAGGAAAGGAUGAAGCAGGAGGAAGAGGAAAAGAAGAGACGAGAGGAGGAAAGGUUGAAGCAAGAGGAAGAGGAAAUGAAGAGACGAGAGGAGGAGGAAAGAUUGAAGCAAGAGGAAGAGGAAAGGAAGAGACGAGAGGAGGAGGAAAGGUUGAAGCAAGAGGAAGAGGAAAGGAAGAGACGAGAGGAGGAGGAAAGGUUGAAGCAAGAGGAAGAGGAAACAAAGAGACGAGAGGAGGAGGAAAGGUUGAAGCAAGAGGAAGAGGAAAGGAAGAAACGAGAGGAGGAGGAGGAAAGGAGGAAGCAAGAGGAAGAGGCAAGGAAACAGCGGGAACUUCAGGCUGAGAAGAAGAGGAAGUUAAAACAGGAGAAAGAGGAGCGAAAGAAACAAGAGGAAGCAAAUAAGCUGAGGGUGGAAGAGAAGGCGGAAAAGAAAAAAAUGGCAGCAGAGGAGAGAAUGAGAAAAGAGGAGGAGCAGAGGAGGAUGUCGAUGGAGGAGGCUGAUGAGAGCUCUGACCCACAAGAGAGGAAGAGAAGAGCUGAGGAGCUGCGCUGGAAGGAGAUGGAGGAGAGGCAGAGACCUUUCACUUUCAAAGUUUCUUCGGGGGAGAAGCAAAUUCUGUUCCAGAAGGUCAACCUGACGCCUGUGACGCCGGCCUCCAGCCACCAGAGCGCCGCUACCCCUGAUCAAAGAGAAGGAGCCAAGGCCUCCUCCUCCUCCGAAGGAGCAGACUCCCCCAACCUGCCAACAUCUCCAUAUGUUCCACACACAGCCAUCCUAGUGACAGGCGCUCAGCUCUGCGGGACGGCUGUCAAUUUGGACCAGAUCAAAGACACGGCUUGCAAGUCCCUGCUGGGUUUGGGAGAAGACCGAAAGGCCCAGGGAACACCCACAAAGAGCAAGACUUCUCCAGACCGCAAGUCUGGAAAAACCAAAUCACUCAACGAGUCUGCGCUCACUACUGACCAGUCCAGCGCGGCCGUCCUUGCAGAGUGGGCGAGCAUCCGGUCAAAGAUUUUCAAGGGGGUCGAGGACGGGAAGUAUGACGAGUAUCCGGAACCGAGCAAGAACCAGUCCAGUGAGGACCAGCCUCCGUUUGGCCACACCAACCUCAGGAAGACCAUGUCUGCCACCGCCAAGUUCUCCAUCACUCCCGCGAAGAAGAAGUUUGGAGAUUCAAACAGGAACUCUGAGGUGUUUGGGCCAGAUGACAAGGAAACCAGAGAGGAAGCUCCAUCGCCUGGUAGCCCCCCCGCGGCUUCUCCAGCUCCAGCCAGUAAACCUCAGAACAGGACAAGUAAAACCGUCCGCAUCGCGGAAAGAGGGUCAGAGGAGUGUGUGUUCGCCAAAGACCUCCCCUCGUUCCUGGUUCCCAGUCCUGGAUCCAAACUUGAGGGGGGAGAGUUGAAGAGCAGGGUCCAGAUUGAGACCGAAGCGUCCGAAAGCAGAGGGGACGGAGAGGAGCGAGGUCAGGAUGGUGAGGACAAGCCCUCUCCGUUUGGUAUAAAGCUGAGGAGGACCAACUACUCUCUGCGAUUUCACAGCGAACAGUCCACCGAGAAAAGGAAGAAGCGCUACAGCGCUGGGGACAGCUUUGACGGCGUCCCCUCCCCUCUCACCCCCAUUGAGCCGGACUCUGACACCUCCUCAGUCUUUUCUGACAAGUCAAGUCCAGCGUCGCCUCAGAAGGAGGGCGCGGUCUGCAAGUACUUACACGCCUCCGCUUCCCCCGCUGUCUCCCGGGCCAAACCGGGCAAGUCUACCAGCCCCACUCCGCACAGCGAAGGUGACAAAGUGCUUUCAAGGCCACCGCUAUACCGGAGACCAACGACAUCAAGCAAACCCACAGUCCCAACACCUCCUCCAUCGCCGCUACCUAAGCUAGGCCACUGUCCUCCCAGUGACGAUGUGAUCCAGAGGACAGGGGUUGCCGAUUCAUGCGGUCAGGAUCAGGCGACCAGGAGCGAGGACAAAUCUGCGGUGGCCCAGUUGCACAGGAGCAGCCACGGUCAGGUCCCAGGCGAAGAGGAGCCCAAGGAGAAGAAGUCCUUCUUCCCUUCCAUUAACAUCCCUUGGAGAGAGAAGGCCGACAGGAAGACAGAGCUCACCAGGAAAGAGAAACCAUCCCUUCAGAGCAGACACUCACUGGACAGUGCAAAGGUCCAGGAGAAAGAGGCUGGGCCUUUAUGGAUCACACUGGCCCUGCAGAAGCAGAAGGGCUUCCGGGAGCAGCAGCAGAGCCGUGAGGAGCGUCGUAGCCUAAGAGAGGCCAAACUGGCAGAAAAACAAAAUAGAGACCGAGACAGUGUUACACUGGUGAGUCCCACAGAGAGCAGAGGCAGCGGGAGCACCAGUCCUUCCUCUAAACCUCAGACACCAGAGGAGCUCAAGAGACCCGACACUCUCCUGGGACGAUUUGAUCGCAGAGACCACCUGAAAAAGGCCAACACUUUACCGAGCUCUGUUACUGUUGAGAUUGCAGACUCUACUCCGUCGCCACCUGCUGUCAAGGAGGUGUCAAAGCGCUUCCCCUCCAGUGACUCUCCACAGGUGUCCACAGAGCCGGCGUGGCUGGCACUGGCCAAGCGGAAGGCCAAGGCCUGGAGCGACUGUCCUCAGAUCAUCAAAUAACGUCCCACCCCAGCUCCACGCAGGACUCUGGCAUCGCAUCAAGACUGCACACUGCCCACGGACUCUGAAGCACCACCACCCCUCUCUUCCCUUCCCUCCAAAAACUCCACAUCUAAUGAAAACUCAUCCCGACUGUGAAGCAAGUCUUUGUAACUCUCCACACACACACACACACACACACACACACACUGGCUGGUACUAUUAUCAUGUUAAAGUGCGCUUCACAUUCAAAUAUUCCGAUACAAUCGCACAGAUAUAUGUAAUAAGAAUAAAAUAAAAAAAUCGUUGCAAGCAUGCACAUACUGUAUACAAACUCUCAAAGUAUAUGUCCCCAAAAGACUGAGUCCUCAGCAGCCAAUCACAGCCAUGGCUGGCCAUUGCAAUAGCCAACGCUCCCUUUUUUCUUUUUUUUGUAGUCAAUUGUGUCACCGUGGUUGUAAAGAAUAAAAUAAAAUCACUAUUGUAACACUUCUGUACUCAUACAGGUGAAGCUCAGAGGUAUGACAGUGUUUAAUGGAGAUGAUAACUAUCUGAAUCGUGUUUUAAGGGCUACCAGUCAGAAUAAUAACCUAGCAUGACCCUCCUGAACUUACUUCCGGACAAUGACAAUGAUCAAGUGUUACAGGAAUCUUCUUUGCCCUCCUUGGUAUUAUUUAUGUAAAGCAGCAGAUUGAUCUUGAGUUGAGUCUAUACUGUACCGUUUCUCUGAGCCUUGUCACAUACAAAAGAUGCCUUUUCCCCCCAUUUGUUUUUUUUUUUUUUUU